GCCGUUGGAACCGAUCGUCUCAUUCGUCCCUACCCUGCUUACUUUCCAUCGCCAUUGUUGGUCUUGGUGUGCUCGAGAGAUCUCGGAGAUGGCAGGGGGUGGUGGGAGGAAGAUCGGGUUGGCGCUCGACUUCUCGAAGAGUAGCAAGGCGGCGCUGAGGUGGGCCAUCGACAACCUCCUCCGCAAGGGCGACACCAUCCUCCUCCUCCACAUCAUGCCCGACAAGGGCGACGAGGCCAAGCACCCGCUCUGGAUCCAGUCCGGCUCCCCUCUCAUUCCUCUGACGGAGUUCCGGCAGCCGGAUGUGAUGAAGCACUACGAGCUCGAUGUCAACAUGGAGGUCCUUGAUGAGCUCGACACCGCUUCAAGGCAGAAGGGGAACCAACGGUUUCAGGCGAUCAUCGUUGCCAAGCUGUUCUGGGGAGACGCGAGGGAGAAGCUAUGUCAAGCCGUGGGGGAUUUGGGGCUGGACUCCCUGGUCAUGGGUAGCAGAGGUGUUAGCCCGAUUCGGAGGAUUUUGUUGGGCAGCGUGACGAACUACGUAUUGACAAACGCAACAUGCCCUGUUACCGUCGUCAAGAAUUAAUCGUUUUGCUUGCUUCAGAACCAGCGAGGAUUGCAUAUCGCCUGCGAUGGGAUAAUAAUCAAGCUGGAAUAAAAUGGGAUGCAAUAUCCUAAACUGGACGAGUCUUUUCAAGUCUAUAUUACUUUGCAAUGCACUGUAGACCUA